AUGUCAUCCUCAACCCAUCUCGCUGCCGUGAUCCCGCAAAAGGGAGGCCCCCUCGCCCUCAUCCAACGACCAACCCCAACUCCAGGCCCAAAUCAACUCCUCAUACAGGUCAAAGCCGUCGCGAUCAACCCAGUGGACUACUAUCAACGAGAACUUGGGGUCUUUAUCGAGAAUUACCCUGCAAUAUGUGGCUCGGACGUCGCGGGAAUCGUCGCAAAGACAGGAAGCAACAUGCGUCCUGGAACACCCAAGGCCGGAGAUAGAGUGGUUGCUUUUGCGAGCGCGUAUCUCUACAAUGCUGAUCCCGAUUACGGCGCAUAUCAGGAAUACGUCCUUAUCUCUGAGGAUGUGGUUUCUAUUUUGCCGGGUGGGUAUACGUUUGUUGAGGGAAGUGUUUUCCCGAUGGCAGCUUGGACUACUUGGAAUGGCUGGUUGUGGGCGGGGAUGGGGAGGGAGUACAGGGGGGCUAGUGGGGAGGGAGUGCUUAUUUGGGGGGCUUCGAGUAGUGUUGGGGCUUUUGCGGUGCAGGAGGCUAGGUUGAUGGGGUUGACGGUUUAUGCUACUGCUGGUGUGAAGAAUCAUGAGUAUAUCAAGGGGCUGGGUGCGACGAAGGUGUUUGAUUAUAGAGAGGAGGAUGUGUUGGGGAAGAUUGUUGAUGCGGCGAAGGAGGAUGGGGUUGUUAUUCGGGUUGGGUAUCAUGCGACAGGAUCGCAGCAGUUGGCGGUGGAUGUUUUGAGUGCGUUGGGUCAGGGCUUGGGGAAUUCCAAGUUGGCAAUUGCCCCUAUUGUGGAAAAGGAUUUGAAAGUACCUGAUGGUGUAGAGACCACAUUUGUGCUGCCGCCUAAUGAUAUCGAUGCGAGGAAUGAGAGGACUAGGUGGAUCUUUGGGACUUGGUUGCAGGAGAAACUCGCUUCGAAGGAGGUGGUUGCGAGCCCUUAUAUCAAGGUGGUGGAAGGCGGUUUGGCAUCUGCUAAUAGGGCCCUAGAUGAAUGGAAGGCUGGGGUGAGCUGUACGAAGAUCGUUUUCGAAGUGUGA